AUGCCUUAUUGUUUGCCUCGUAUUUCUGCCGACAAGGACACCUCGCUCGUCAUUGAAUUAGUCAACGCUAGGAUAAGAUUCUCAUAUAAAGAAGGCGAUGAAUCGAUGCAGAUUGACUCGCCUGAAGAACGAACACGUCUUCAGAUGUUACUGGUGGAUAACACAACCGCCAUCUCUGACAUUGACAUACAGCCUGAACUGGGGAGUGUCAUCACAAUU